AUGACAGGUCCACCAGUUAGAGACAUAGAAAACCAAAAACAGGACUACGAGAAACCUGUGCCUGACCAGCUGUUCGAUCAAUCAUUCAAGGUAGAGAAACCUCGUUUCAAUGAUUGGCCCUUUGCGUUAUUUUUUUGGGCUGUAGUGGCUGGAUUCAUCGCUGUUGCUGGUAUCACUUUAAAUGCUUUAAAGAAAACUUAUGGUUUACAAGGAAGUUCCAUCUACAAUUCGACAAAUGACUUCACCCUCAACACAAAUACAGUCAUUUUGUUUGGUUUUGUGGUAGUUGUAGGUGUGGUAUUGUCAGCAUUGGUGAUUGUGUUUGCUCGUAUGGCACCAAGAUUUUUUAUUACUUCCGGCUUGAUAUUGAACAUUAUCUUGGGGUUGGGGACGUGUAUUUUUUAUUUUGUUAUGCACUAUUACUCGGCGGCAAUAGUGUUUUUGGUGUUCACAUUGUUUCUGGCAUUUUGUUACUGGAGAGCUAGAAGUAGAAUUCCCUUUAGUGCCACGGUGUUGGAGAUCACCAUUGAUGUUAUGAAGCGGUACCCAUCGACAUUGAUCACCUCACUUAUUGGAAUCCUUGUUUCCGGGUUGUUUUCCACCCUUCUGUGGUAA